GUUAGCUCGUUUGCUUUUAGCCUUUUAACGCGUUGCGCCGACUCAAAGCAGGAUCUCCAAAUUUUAUGGUGAACAAAUGGCGAGAAUCAGAGACAGAACUGAGGAUUUCAAAGAUUCUGUGCGGCAAACGGCGGUUUCUCUUGGAUGUAACGAGUCCAAAUUGGCCUCGAUUUUGGCAUCUUUUAUAAUCCACAAACCUCGACAAAGAUCACCGUUUACAAAAGCUGCGCUCAAAACGCUUGAGAGUAUUGGAGAGUUGGAAAAGUUCUUGUUGAGGCAUCGGAAGGAUUAUGUGGAUCUGCAUCGAACUACUGAACAUGAAAGAGAUAGCAUUGAACAUGAAGUUACUACUUUUAUUAAAACCUGCAAAGAACAAAUUGAUAUACUCAAGAAUAGCAUAAAUGACGAGGAAGCAAACUCGAAAGGAUGGCUUGGGAUUAAGGCUGAUAGACCCAAUGCUGAUACCAUAGCACAUAAACAUGGAGUGGUUCUGAUUUUAAGUGAGAAACUCCAUUCAGUUACAGCACAAUUUGAUCAACUAAGAACCAUACGCUUCCAAGAUACUAUUAACAAAGCAAUACCGAGAAGAAAGCUUAAUCGUGUUACUACUUCAAAUUCUUCAGAGACCUCUAAAAUGAACCAUUCCGAUCUCAGGGAGCCUGAUGAAAUUCAUCCUGAGCCUCUCAGAGUAAAACAACAACUUUUGGAUGAUGAAACUCGUGCCCUUCAGGUGGAGUUGACGAGUCUUCUAGAUGCUGUCCAGGAAACUGAAACUAAGAUGGUGGAAAUGUCUGCAUUAAAUCACCUCAUGUCCACACAUGUUCUACAACAAGCACAACAAAUUGAGUUUCUAUACGAGCAAGCCGUUGAAGCUACAAAGAAUGUACAGCUUGGUAACAAGGAAUUGUCACAAGCCAUCCAGAGGAAUAGCAGUAGCAGAACCUUUCUUUUGCUAUUUCUGUUUGUACUUACUUUUUCAAUCAUCUUUCUUGAUUGGUACAGUUAAAUUCAUUGACCAUCACAUAAUUGUUUGGUAAUUUUACAGACAAGGAAAUUACUUUAUUGUCCUUGUAGGCAGAAGAAAAUAUAUUUAAAUUUAUGCAGAGUGACUCAGAAUCUUCUAUUUCCCAUUUAUUUGAAAAUUACAGCUUCCAAGUUCA